GCGAGAGCGGCAUUCGCGUGCGAACCGUCACGUGGCGCGGGAGAGCUGUACUGCUGGUGUCUGUUUUCUUUUUCGAGUAAGUGAUAGUUCGUUAUUCAUUAAUUCUUCUCGUGUAUUGUAAGUGGAGAUUGGUUGUCAUCAUAAGUGCUGCGGUCUGAUCGUUGGGGAAAGAGGGAUGGAAAGUUUUGUGGGGAACGUUGUGACUGCAGGAUGAUCGGUAUGUAAACAAAUUGUCGGCAAGUCAAGACUCGUAAAGUGAAAGAAAAUGGUGAGAGAAUUUCACGCGAAGCAGAACGUUUUCUCACUGUUUUGUCGAUAAUGAGAGCGAAGAUCGCAUGGCCCGCUGCCAUUGUGCAGGCGCCAAUGCACUGCAGCUUCAAGGCUUCAGCUGCCUGCAUACCAGCUUACUUCGAGCUGACGGAUACACAUUAUAGAGCUUUAACAUUGCGAGCCGAAUUAGUGGUUCAGUGGAAAUAGUUCAACUUGUUUUUUGAACUAAAAAAUUAUUUUUCUCGAAAAUACAAUUUUUGAAAAAAUAAACUAUUUUGGUCUUUCGGUUGAAACACUUUAUUUUUACUCAAUGAUUUUCGACAAAGCCACUGUGUAAACAGGCUACUUAUUUUUAAAACUUUACUAUAUAGAAGUCGAAUAGGUUACAUAAAUCUCCUUUCUAAGCUAAUUCGAACGCUGAAACUUACAUUCUUCAGCUGUAGCCGAUUAAUUAAUCGUAUCGUAAGUAGGCGUCUCUCAAUCUUAAUUGUUGUUAUCGCUAGAAUUACAUAAAUCCGAUCGCGCGAGACUGCGCCCACGCGCGAAGGUGAUAAAAGCGAGACGGAGAGUUAUUCUUAUAUUUAGGAAACUUUAAAGCUCGCGCGUGUAGCUUCGGAAAUUGUUUGUGAUUCCCCAAUUAUCGGCUAUUACUGACCGCUUGUGGUUAUCGUGCAAAUUUUAUCAUUAAAAGAAAGUCGAAUCAGCUGAAAAAAGAGUUUUGCAAGCAUGUACCGAUAUCAAAAUUGCAUUCAUUUACGACGAUAGUAUUGAAUUUUCAUUUGGACUCGUACAAGCGAGUAAAUAAACAGUUUCGUAAACUCAUCUUCAAAAUGUACAUUUUCUCACGACGAGUUUGAAUAAAUCAAUGUCAUAACACACCAGCCGAAUAGAUAAGCGCAAUUUACAGACGCUACAAUAACACAUAUAAUAGCUAAAUCUCGGAUCUAAUAAUACGUUUAAUACUCUCGGACGACGUUGGAUAUCAUCGUGAAAAAGUGUGUGGAAAUCUUAUCGAGCCGACGUGCCGGCAGACUGACAGAAGUGAUUAGCGCAGCACUUUUCCUUGUACAGUGCGCGAACUUGUGAUCCGUUCUAACACUCGACCUCAAUCUGGAGGCUGCCGACGGCUUGUGUGCCAAAAGUUAUCGCGUUAGAAGCUUGAUUUGUACAACUUCUAACUCACCGCCAGUGACCAGACGUGAUAACAGAUUUAGUUGAGGAGUUUUGCGUAUCCAAGGGGCCGUUCGAAUCUCCCGCGCUCGGGAUAAAUCCCGUCAAGAGAGGUUAGAGCAGAGCAGCAGCAAAAAGCGCCGGCGCCACGGAUACCCCUUAUAAAUCCUCGAUAAAUCCCACAUUAAAAACCUCCCGCCCACGUAAAAACGGCGCAAAACCGUGACACCCGAUAAUCCAAGCCAAACCUAACCUCCUCUACUUACCAAAAUAAUCAAGAUCACUCACUCACGCCGACUAGACCUUUGAAUCUCUAUCUCACAAACACACACACACACACCCACUCGAAAUCUCGUGUAUAUAGGUAACACACAUAGUCGAUGAAAAAGGAGGGAGACUGCGUGCGCCGUACCUCGUCCAGUAGAGCAGUGCUGUCCCCGCGCAUCAGCUCGAUACUCUCCCGCACAUACCGCGCAGUAUCUUCAACCACUACCUCCGGGCAUCAGUAGAGCUGCCAGUGUCAACACACUUCCCAAAAACUCUCGCCCCACUGCCUUUUCUCGGCGAGAAACCUAACCUCCAAGCUAUUAUCCAACAUCUCGCACAUCCGAAGCGAGGAGGAUCUCAGCUAUGUCGUCGUCGCGUUCGCGUCUCCUUCUGCAGCGCCGUAGCGGCGGUAAUGGCCCGUCAGCUCGCAACUUCAGCUGCCUUGUCGGCGGGGAGAGUACGGCAACUACUACAACAACUCGCCGCGCCGCCAGCAGUGCGUCAUCGGCAGCAGCGCGCCGCGGUGCUACCAGUCUGCUCAGAGCGAUGACGGGCAGCACGACCGGUGUCCGGGAGCAGUCCUCUGGACAGCCCCAACGUAUUCUAACCGAGGACAAUGUGUUCGAGAACCUCGUCAAGAUGGAGUACGCGGUCAGGGGACCGCUGCUCAUUCGCGCCCUGGAGAUAGAGAAGGAGUUGCAGAAGGGAGCCAAGAAGCCGUUCAAGGAGGUGAUCAAGGCGAACGUCGGAGAUGCUCACGCUAUGGGACAGAAGCCCAUCACUUUCCUCAGGCAGGUCCUCGCCAUCGCGCUUUAUCCGGAGCUUAUGCAGGAUCCUAGGUACCCCGACGAUGCUAAGGAAAGAGCAAGGACGAUACUCGAGGGCUGCAAGGGCUUCAGCGUGGGUUCGUACUCGGAGUCGGCUGGUGUCGAGGUGAUCAGAAAACACGCGGCCAAGUACAUCAUGGACCGCGACGGUGGCAUUCCCAGUGACUACAGAAACAUCAUCCUGUCGAACGGAGCGUCGGACAGUAUUAAGGCAUUCCUGAAGCUGUUCAACGAGCAUAUCAACGGCAAGCCGUCAGGAGUUAUGGUCCCGAUCCCGCAGUACCCAUUAUACUCGGCGACAAUAGCCGAGUUUGGGCUGCAUCAGAUAGGCUACUACCUCAACGAAGACAAUAAGUGGUCGCUGGAUAUCAGCGAACUCGAGCGAUCCUUUGGCGAGGCUCAACGUCACAGCAACCCACGAGUCCUCGUUGUCAUAAACCCUGGUAACCCAACUGGGCAGGUGCUCUCGCGCGAGAAUAUCGAGGAUGUCAUCAGGUUCGCAUACAAGAACCGACUGUUCCUCCUGGCUGACGAGGUUUACCAGGACAAUAUCUAUCACAAGGACUGCUGCUUCCAUUCGUUUAAGAAAGUCACCAACGAGAUGGGCGAACCCUACGCGAGCAUGGAACUCGCUUCCUUCAUGUCGGUUUCGAAAGGUUACAUGGGUGAGUGCGGUCUGCGUGGAGGUUACGGUGAGAUCGUCAACAUGGACCCGAAGGUCAUGGCCAUCUUGAUGAAGUCCAUCUCGGCGACGCUGUGUCCGACCGUCGUAGGCCAGGCUGCGAUGGAUGUAGUCGUCAACCCUCCGAGGAAUGGAGAACCUUCCUACAAACAGUUCAUGAACGAGAAACAAACUACACUGGCAUCUCUGGCUGAGAGGUCGCAACUCGUAGUCGACACUCUCAACGCCAUUCCCGGUUUCCAUGCAAAUCCAGCUAUGGGUGCCAUGUAUGUUUUCCCGAGAGUCGACUUGCCGGAGAAGGCUAUCAAAGCAGCGAAAGCGGCUGGCCAGGUGCCCGAUGUCUUCUACGCCUUCAAGUUGCUCGAAUCUACCGGCAUCUGCGUUAUUCCGGGCUCUGGUUUCGGCCAGCGCCCCGGCACAUAUCACUUCAGAACAACGAUACUGCCGCAGAAGGAAAAGAUCAAGACUAUGCUCAACAGCCUCAAGGAAUUCCACCUAAAGUUCCUUCAAGAGUACAGUUAGGCUGGAUGUUAAUUAAUUUUUUUAGUACGUAAGUCGGAGCCGAUAUGCGAUGAGAAAUGUAAAAGGUGAUCAAAUGAUAAAGUUUUGCGCUUUAAAAUUCGAUAAUAAUGAUAAUAAUAACGAAUAAACCAAACUGUAACCCAAUGAGUACACUAUUGUGUUUGUACACUGUUUGAGAAAUGUACUACUAUUACUACUAUGUACGAGUAGCGUCAUUUCGCACAGAUGCAGCGAGCCUGCUCAUCGUUCUUUACCUACAUACGCCUUUUUUACACGGUUUUUUGCAGAUCGCUAGUUUUAAUUAUUUAUUAUUAUUGAGCUUAGUGGAUUUGUAAAUAAUACAAGAGCUGUCUGUAUCAAAGUUGUUGACGUUAUUCAUGUAUGUAUACUCUUCUGAACUGUAUGAAUUAAAUUUUUCAACAAAACUCAA